AUGCCUGUCAUCCCACAGAAUGAUAAAGAUUGCAACAACAUCCAUGGGACUGGCACAGCAGAGCUAGAGGCCUUGAACGUAGCUCAGCAUACAGCUCAGAUUGUGCGAUUCGGUCUCUUCCGCAUGGAAACUUCACAGCUGGGAUUGAAUCCUGAGCCCGGCCGGGUGAAGAGCAGUGUCCUCACUCCCACGAGGCGUUCUGAGAGGUUAAGCACUCGACAGCUUAACUCCGCACUCACUUUAGGCGAAGAGCUGCGUUCACAGAGGUACAUUCUGCCCUUUCAGGUCGACGUGUCCGUGUGGCAGUUGAUGGGAGUUCGUGCGGAAGGCUUCGCCCCUGCAGUCACACUGCCGCUGCUGCUCACCAUGGUGGCUUAUCUUGGCCCCCUGGUCCAGUCUGCGAUGGACGCCCCCGGCGGCUUCACUGCGGAGCUGCAGUCUGCACUGGAUGUUCAGUCAUGGAGGUCAUGUGUAGGAGACGCGGUGUGGCUCCGGAACCAGGUGGUGGCGCCAUUGACGGAGGAGCUGGUGUUCAGAGGGGCCAUGCUGCCCAUGCUGGUGCCCUGUGCAGGCCCCACGGGGGCCAUCUUCACAGCUCCGCUGUUCUUCGGUGUUGGUCAUCUCCACCAUAUUAUAGAGCAACGGCGCCUCCACAAGGACAGCAUGAGAGUCAUUCUCCUGGUGGCAGGGAUGCAGUUCUUGUACACAACUGUGUUCGGUGCCUUUACUUCCUUUCUAUUCAUGAGAACUGGUCAUGUUGCGGGUCCAGUUUUGUGCCAUUCGUUCUGUAACAGUCAGGGCCUGCCCGACUUCAGCUCUGCCCUCCAGCACCCUCAACGCUCAGCUCUGCUCUUCUCCUAUCUGAUGGGAGCCCUGAUGUUUCUGGUGCUACUCUUCCCACUGACAGACCCCUUCCUCUAUGGUACCAUUCCCGUCUGCAGCCUGGCUCCCGCUCCUGCGUCUGUAUGCUAGAUUAAAUUAAAUUGAAUACUCCGAAAACGAUGUUA